AUGUGUGCUUAUGGAGCGUCUGGGGCAUUUUUGACUUUUACGUUACUUUUGCAUUUUCUUUGUGUUCACUCAAUAAAUCCUCGGUUUCCAACCGCAUCCAAAGGCAUGAAAGUGACCAAGACUGUUCCUGCUGCUGAUGGCCACAGGAGAGCCAAAUACGGCAAAAGUAUUCUGUCAGCAUCACCGUUAUCAGGAGACGUGCAGUCACAGCGGGCGAUCAAGGAUGCAAUUGAACCUCAUGAUUACAUGAUCUCCAUCUACAAGACCUUUUCCUCGGCUGAGAAACUGGGACUGAACGCGACUUUUUUCCGCUCGUCAAAAGCAGCAAACACCAUAACGAGUUUCGUGGACGAUGGUCAAGAUGACCUUUCAAACUCCCCACUGUGGAGACAGAAAUACUUAUUCGAUGUAUCGACUCUUUCUGAGAAUGUGGAGCUCUUGGGUGCUGAACUGAGGAUAUACACAAAGAUCUCCGGAAGCUUCCGAGCGUCUGAGACGGGCCCAGUGGAGAUACAGUUGCUCUCCUGCCAGUCGCACGCCGUCCUUGAUUCCAAAACCUUGGAUCUGGAGGAUGCGCAUAAACCAAAAUGGGAGGUUUUUGACGUAUGGGAGAUUUUUAAGGAACGUCACCUGCACUCCCAUGGGACGCGCUUCUGUUUAGAGCUCAAGGCGACGCUCGAUAAUCCUGAGAGGGAAAUCGACUUGCAAUAUCUUGGAUUUCACAGACAUGGCCGCCCGCAACUAAUGAAAGCCAUAUUGGUUGUUUUCACAAGGUCAAAAAAGAGACAAAGCCUUUUCUACGAAAAGAGGGAGAAGAUUAAACUGUGGGGUCUGGAUAGUUUUGGCAAGGAGAAAGGACCUCACUCAAAGUCUCGACGGAGAAGACGGACCACUUUACCCAGCCGCCAUGGCAAGAGGCACGGCAAAAAGUCCAAAUCUAGGUGCAGCAAAAAACCCUUGCAUGUGAACUUCAGGGAGUUGGGUUGGGACGACUGGAUCAUUGUUCCCUUAGACUAUGAGGCCUAUCACUGUGAGGGCAUGUGUGACUUCCCCCUCCGGUCUCACCUGGAGCCAACCAAUCAUGCCAUCAUACAAACUCUCAUGAACUCCAUGAACCCCAGAAACAUGCCGCCCAGCUGUUGCGUCCCAUCCAAACUCAGUCCCAUCAGCAUCCUGUACAUCGACGCAGGAAAUAACGUCGUAUACAUGCAGUAUGAGGACAUGGUGGUGGAGUCCUGCGGCUGCAGGUGA